AUGGCGAGAAGUCCAAUCACAGCUUCGAAAGAAGGCGAAGCCACAGCAGCCGCUGAGGAAACACUGCACUUUGAUGAUGACAAUUUAAGAGGUGAGGAACAACAUGCUAUUUUUCAGUUGUGUCCAGAUGUGAGGGUAAUAAUAUUGAGUUUAAGCCAUUUUAUUCAAUAUUCGUAAAAGAUAUGCUUACGAUGUCUUUUAAUUUCAUCUCAGCAGUUGCAGAAGUUAAAGACGGAAUGAUAAAACACGGAAAAUAGACCAUUUUCAUUUUUCGUUUUUUCAUUUUUUUUUUUAAAUUCAUACUUGGCUCGAUUGACUAUUCCGGGUUUUCAGUUACAGCGGCGAAGCCACGAGGAACGAGGGCGGAAGCCCGAGCUAAGAAAAAAUAAGAGUCUUCUCUCCACCCCAAUCUCUCCUCCUUUUUACCAUUAAUUUACGUAAUUUCCCUAUUUCGCUCACCGCACGUGGCAAUGAGGGAAGAAGGACGACCGCUGGCGGUCUAUUGUGGAGAGCGCAAUUGACCAUUCAUAUGGAAAUUGCGCUGUGUAAGUGACAAUUAUUGUUAUUAUUAUUAUUAUUAUUAUUAUUAUUAUUAUUAUUAUUAUUAUUAUCCUUAUCAUUAUUAUCAUUGUAGCAAUCGCUGAGGUCUACAAAAAUGAGGGCAACGAUGAGUACAAGAAGAACAAUUUUAACAAAGCCAUUCAAUUCUACACGGAAGGAAUUAAAGUGAACUCUAGAGAUGAAGAACUGAACGCCAUACUGUACAGCAACAGGGCGGCGGCACGUUUUAAUUUGGGUGAGAAGUUGCUGUUGUCUUAAAUAUCUUUAAUUUCUUUUUGCCCAUCGGAUUGUUUUGGGGGCCGGGUACAGUAACAACUGCUAUGAAUACUAGCAGUGAUUAUGCGAGUACUGUGGUAAAAGGGUUCUAUGCUGUUCCGUUCUCAACCUCGUUCCCAGGGUCCUCUCCUACUCGUCCCGCGUAAACAGGAUACUGGGAACGAGGUCGGGGAGAAUUAAUUAAGUAUUGUAUUGUGCCGUUCUAGGGUGUAAAUCGCCUUUUUUCGUUCAUUCUUUCACAGGUAAUUACACUGAAACACUGGAUGAUGCAAAAAUUGCCGUGGGCUUACGACCAUCUUUCUUGAAAGCUUUUGUGCGAGGUAAGUUAGCUAUAGUCUCGUCGUCAAAAUUCAGUGGCGAAUCCGGGGGGGGGGGGAAGAGUCUUUGGGGUGUGGAUUCCCCCAAUAUAUCCGACUGAUUAAGUAUUAAGCCAACUAACUACUAUAAAACUGAAACAGUUACCUCUGCAUGGUCCUGAAUUGUCGCAUACAACUUCUCAGCUUAAAAACAGAACUUGCUUUUCAUGUUGCCUUUUAGUCUUGGGGCUUGGUCAGUUUAAUUAAAUCUGAAAAGAGAAAUUUCAUCAUUUAUCGAUUUAACACAAGAGGCGAUUGAUUUUUAUGAGUAGAAUGUUAUGUGUUCACAUGAACUGUGGUAAAAAAAAAAUGUGUAACGACGUAGAAGGAUGGAAGUUACUGGCUUCAACUGGGUGUUUAGGUUGGACCCUCCUGAGCAAAAAUACCUGGAUCCGCCCCUGAUCAAAUUUCUUUCCAAGUUAAUUAGGUAUCAAAAAGGUUGAGGCUAACCAAACGGACUGUAACCAUGGUAACCGAAUGUUUCAUUACAAUAUCAAAGAUUUCUGAACUUUGUAAAAUAUACUCCGUUGCACGUAGGUAAACUCUCCUCCAACACACCAGUCAACGUAACGAAGAGCCACUCUACUUCACCGAGUUGUUAACGAUGUCCUCAUUUCCCUCCCUUGACAACAAAUGUGAUGUUCUCCUAGUACUGUUUUAACGUUCAGUUGCAGCUGUAUUAACUAUUGAUUCUUUCACUCUCUGAUCGGUCUGGUGUACAAUAGGUUUAGUCAGCUUAUAUCUCUUCUCUAUCACAAGCUUCCACUUAAGCUGUUGCCGCUGUUUAUAACAUGGUAGCAUGUGAUAUCAUAAUAUAAUGUUUGUAAAACUACGCAGUCAUCGCUACAAAAAAAUGCGCAGUAGAUGUAAUGUUGGCAGGGCAAUUGAAAGGAUCAUGCGCAUUGACUGUUCCUUGUACAUGAUUUUUUUCGCGUAGUUUCCCCGAAACUUUCAUCACCCACGUAAAUCUUCAAAAAGUCCUUCCCCUGAAACAACAAACAACAUACUCAGCAUUAAAUACAUAAAAUGUGUGUUGGAGCUAAGCUGUGCUUUGUGUAUUUACAGGUGCAAGUGCCUGCGUUCAAUUGAAAAAGUUUGACGAAGCCAUCACUUGGUGUAAUAAAGGAUUAGCAGUAUCCUUUCCGAAAGUUGAUAGUCAAAAUAAUUUUCAUUUGGAGUCAAUUUCCUUAACCAAAAGUUCUCUUCAAAUCCUGAGCGCGGUCGCCGCCGCCCGUUUUAGAGAAAACACCGCGCGCCUAGCCUUCUCGCCCCUAGAAUCGGUUCCUAAGACUUAACGAAACUGAAUCGAAACAAAGCGUAUUUCAAGGCUUUGGUACAAGAAAAAUGGAAGAAUUAACCAGAAGACAAAAGACUACUUCCAUGGGAGAACGCAACUUUAUUACACAAAAAAGUCGCGAAUUUUUAGCCCGGUUAGGUCGGGAUCAUGACAUGCACAUGCUGCCCAAUUUAGGGAUUAAAUUUCCGAGGCCUCUUUUCUUAAAGGCCCAUGUUCACCCUAGAUGCAUUGCGCGCCCUAUACUUCAGAGAAAAACAUUUCGCGUAGUUGAAAAUCGCUGCAGCCUUCAGUGUGUAGAGUCAAUCUUUGUUAAUCUUCCACAGUUCGCUAAAUCUGGUUUAAAAGAAAGUCUAGACAGGUUUUUUUGGUAUUUUUCUUUACAUCUUUUUGGAUAUUUUGGUCUGGUAUCAAGCCUUUUUGUUUCUGUGAGUGUUUGUUUCACUGCAUUACUUUCGAUGUCGGCGCCAUCGAAACGUACGCUUGAAAGACCGCGUCGACGGGGGUCGCCGAAGUACAUUCGUCUCUGUAAAUCCGUUUUUUUAAUCUUUGGAGAGAUGGGAAAGAAGCUCUUGGCUGCAAAUUCUACAGACAGCGUGUUUGCCGAGUUCCUUCUACAUGGAAUGUUCAAUUGUAAACAAAGGUCCCGUUGAAAUCAGUUGAAAGAAAAACAAGCGAGUCAAUCUAACAUGAACAAUGCUUUAUUUAAUUUCAGUUAACCUAUGAAGCGAGUGAUAUCCUUAACGUAAACUUCUCGUCUGGCGUAUCACGAUUAAAUCUCUAAAGCAGAGAAAACUAUUAUUAGUAAACCAAUCAUUAGCAAAACCUAAAGAAAGUGUGACAGCGAUUACAGCGACAAGACUUGUACUCAGUGCUGAUUCGACGCUUUACAAACACAACUUCUCGCUCAUUCUUUCGACAACACAUACCUAAGCUUCCUAAAAAUUAACGCAAACUAAUAGACUGAGGAAUCAAAACAUUUCACAGUCGAAUCGGGCUUCUAUAUGCUGACGACACCCAAUUAUAUAUUACCUUUAAAUCUACCAGCUUGAAUGACAUCCAACAAGUGAAGUUGAGGGUGGAAUGCUGUGUGAGGGACAUUGAUGAAUGGAUGAUAAGAAACUAUCUUAAACUGAACCAGGACAAAACGGACCUUGUAGUCAUCAGUUCCAGAUUCCAUCCUAUGCCUGACAUCGGUCACAUUACUGUUGGUUCUGAGUGCAUUGCACCUCGUGACUCUGUUCGUAAUUUAGGGGUUCAGUUUGAUAGCAUAUUUAGUUUUGAGGAGCACAUUAAGAACAUUUGUAAAUCAUCAUUCUAUCAUUUGAGAAAUAUUGCUAAAAUCCGCAAGUACUUAAGCCAAGAUACAUGUGAAAUCUUAGUCCAUGCAUUUAUUAGUUCGAAACUUGAUCACUGUAAUUCCUUAUUACAUGGCCUUCCUAAGUAUCUGUUAGCUAGACUACAGGCAGUUCAGAAUGCUGCAGCUCGUGUUGUCACACUGACACCGAAGCAUGUUCAUAUAACUCCUAUUUUAAUUAAUCUUCAUUGGUUACCAGUUGAGUUUAGAAUAACUUUUAAAGUCCUUUUAUUGGUAUACAAGGCCCUUCAUGGCCUUGCACCUUCUUAUAUUUCUGACCUUUUGAAUUUUAAAACAUACUCUAGGUCAUUGCGUUCUUCAUGUAAAGAAUAUUUAGUGGUUCCAAGAAGCAGAUUGAAAACAUAUGGAGACAGAGCUUUCUCUAUUGCAGGACCUAAAUUGUGGAACGAUUUACCUCUAGAGAUUAGGAAAUGUGCUUCAGUGGCAACUUUUAAGCAAUCCCUUAAAACUUUUUUAUUUAAGUUAGCAUAUAGGUUAUGAGAUUCCUUUUGUUUUAAGAUGUUUUUGAUUUAUAUAGUAGAUAACUUAGGCUAUAUUUGAAUUAUAUUGUAUAUUGUAGAUAUUUUAUAAUUUUUUUUUUUUUUAUAUAUAUAUUCUUUUUUGUAAUUAGGUAGCGCUUUGGACAAUUAUUGGAUUUUAGCGCUAUAUAAAUAAAAUUAUUAUUAUUAUUAUUAUUAUUCAAGAAAAUCUCACCUGGAGCUUAGACGUUUCGUAAUUUUAUGAUCUUCGUUUUGUUCAUCGGACUCAACAAAGCAUCCAUACGCAUUAACUACCAUUUUAAAUGUUGAACUACUUUCUCCGAUGACAUUUAACGAAGUCGGCGAUAAUCUUCCUCCAUUUGGGAAAGAAUUUAAGUCUUACUUGCUUCUUUGAUACUGUCUCUCAAGAAAGCUAGUCUCCCUCGCAGUCGUUUUUAGUAUCGUCACGCAACGCUCCUCAAAAGUGGAAGCCAAUCAAAACACUGCAUUUGACAAAAGAAGCGUUUCAAAACAAAAACACAAGCGCGCAAAGCCGAUUUGGUGAACAUGGGCCUUUAACACUGCUACAUGUGUUACUGGUGUUACGCGGGGAUAUGCGCUGGUACUAAGUACCAAACGAAAUAGCGUCUGAGCGAUCUCGUCGAUCACUUGAUGAGUUGGACAACCCCGAACUUUUUUCGGCUGCGAAUUUCGUUGAAGAAUUGUCCAACUAGGGUACCUGACGUCUUUUAAAGCUGCCAGAAUUCCUGGACUGUCAGCUGAGCAAAUUUUUUGUUUUUUAAUGUACCACCAUGAAGCACCCUUUAACGCCGUGCAACACCAUGUAACACCAAGUACUACCGUGUAAGACCCUGUAACACCAUGUAACACCGUGUAACAGCCUGUAACAUCCUGUGACACAACGUAGCACCCUGUAGUACCCACGUCCUCGAAAACACUGUAACACCGUGAAACACCAUAGGCCACCGUUUAGCACCCUUUAACACCGUGUAACAGUAUAUAACCCUGUGUAACAUUAUAUAACACCCUGUAACACCAUAUAACACCCUGUAGCAUCUUGUAACACCAUGUAGCACCGUGCAACCCCCGUGUGGCAGUCUGUAACACCCUGUAACUUCGUGUAACACAAUGUAACUUCGUGUAACACAAUGUAAAGACAUGUAACACUAUGUAACACCCUGUAGCAUUAGAGCGGUUUUCACUUGACUGUCGAAAGGGAUUGGUUUUGGUUUUGGUUUUGGUUUUACUACGCCCUUUGGUUGGCUAGUGUAUUUACUUUGGUUUUGGUUUUACGACAGUCAAGUGAAAACCGCUCUAUGUAACACAGUGUAACACCCUCUAACACCGUGUAACACCUUAUAACACCGUGUAAUACCAUGUAAAACCCUGUAACACCUUGUAACACCAUGUUCCACCGUGUAGCACCCUGUAACACCAUGUUACACCCUUUAACACCAUGUAACACUGUCUAACACCCUGUAACACCGCGUACCUCCGUGUAGCACCCUUAAACACCGUGUAGCACCCUUAAACACCAUGUAGCACCAUGUAACACCAUGUCACACCGUGCAGCACCCUUUAACACCGUGUAGCACCAUGUAACACCAUGUCACACCGUGCAACAACCUUAAACACCGUGUAGCACCAUGUAAAACCAUGUCACACCGUGCAGCACCCUUCAACACCGUGUAGCACCAUGUAACACCAUGUCACACCGUGCAGCACCCUUUAACACCGUGUAGCACCAUGUAACACCAUGUCACACCGUGCAGCACCCUUUAACACCGUGUAAGACAAUGUAUCACUGUAUAACACCAUUUAGUUAAAUCCAACUAGUGGUCUAUUAUCAAUGCUGCGUUCUGAUUGGUUGAGCUACUUCUAGGCAAUAUGUUAUAGCCCACUAGUAGCGAAAAGCACGGGCUUUUUGGCGGCAAAAAAUGAUUAAAGUCUAGCUUUAACUAGCUAAAGUUUUUUUAUUCUCGAUAUUUUUGACCAACCAGUUGGAUUUUACUAAAACAAUUAUUCCUCUCGCCCUCAUGGCCUCUGAGUCAAUAGCCCAUUCGGCCUUCGGAAUAAUUGUUAAGUAUCACUGUGUAACACCAUAUGCCACCGUGUAGCAUCCUUUAAGACCGUGUAACACAAUAUAACACAGUUGCGGAUCCAGACCUUGAGAUAAAGUUGGGGAGGCUGUCUCCCAAAAAAAGCCAUUUUCUGCCCGUCGGAUCUCAGUCUGGUCUGAAAAAAAAGAGGGGACGGUCCCCCGGGCCCCUACCCCUGAAUCCGCCACUGUAACACCCUGAAACACCGUGUAACACCGUGUAGCACCCUUUAACACCGUGAAACACCAUGUAACACUGUGUAGCUACCUUUAACACCGUGAAACACCAUGUAACACCGUAUAGCACCCUGUAACACCCUGUAACACCGUGAAGCAACAUAUAACACCCUGGAACGUUAUGUAACACAGUGUAACACCCUCGAACAUCGUGUAACACCAUGUAAAACUUUGUAACUUCGUGGAACACCUCGUAAACAAACUGUGAGACUCAUGUGUAAUACCGUCUGUAAACGUGCGCGUGUGUACGACGUUUUACCCUGUGUAACAUGUAACACUGUUACAUGUGAAGCGCGUCAAAACUUUGGUCCCUGUAUCGUGCAUGGUAUAACAGCAUCACAAUACCAGUUUCAAGGAUGGUCCAGUUGUCCUGUAAUCACGAAUUCAUUAAUUUUGUGUUAAUUAUCGGACCGUGAUCUCGACAUACCGUACUAGCUAGGCUCAUGAAAUCAGCCCCUUUCUUACGAAAGUUACAGUUUCUUAUAAAAAUGACCAGUAAUGACCAAGCAAGUAUGUCAAUCGGCUGCUUGCCAGUAGAGAUUGCCCUUUUUUGUAUUACGAAUAUCCUUUUCCUUUACACGAGGCACCCUAGGCAAGAAAAUGUAUCCCCUUCUCAAAUUAACAAUCAUAAUUUUGAUAAUCGGGACGCUGCUACACAAAAACAUAUUAUUAUAAAGUAAUUUGCAAUCAGAGAACUAUUGGGGUUAUAUGACUAAUUAGAAAUAUUUCAGGUAGCUUUGCAAUUUUUCUAUUUAGUAUAAGACAGUUAACUGAACAAUUUAACUCAUGAAAGAUUGACCCGAAUAACCAGAAGUUGUUGGGAAUUCGAAGCUGGUCUAUGAAAGAGAAAAGCAAACUGCAAGGAAGCCACCAAGAAAAGGUAAGGAUGAAAAAAAAAUUAAAUUUAUGCUUCGUUGUUGGCGACUGCCAUGGAUACCCAGCAAUCAGUUUCGACCAGUGAAACAAACACUUGGAAAGGCGUCUCUGCACACAUAGCUGGGUCAACUACUCAAGGAACGUAUCUUUUAUCUUAGGUGUUAAUCAAAGGCUUCAUCCUCAUGUUUACGUUAACAAACACGGACAUUUUCAAUAAUUUUUGGACUUGUUAACUGGUCAGCUUUACUUUUUAAUUGCAAAUCGAAUUGAAUCAAAUUCCUUUCAUUUUGCAUUUCUAGAUCUAUGAAGUAAGUGAUUGUAUCUUUCAUGUUCUGUACAUUAAUUUUAAUACGUUUGAAAGGAAGAUAGCCAGUUCUCUCGAUAUUAAAUUUUUAUUACGUGGUAAACAUAAGUAAAAACAGAAAAAGACCUGAAGAUAUUCAGUCAGAAAAAAUUGCUCGAUAGGCAUGAAAAUUGAGAAAAUCGUCGGAAAAGCCAACGAGAAGCCUCGCGUUGAUUCCCCUCAAUCGAAAAAUUACCCCCUUCUAAGGUUCCUGACAGGUUAGUGCUAAGUACACCAGGUGCAAGGAAUUUUCUGUCCUUGCCCUCCCUAAGUCUAGAACAACGUACCCUUUAAUUUGCAGUCAUCCAUUAGUUUAAUAACUUUUCCUUUUUGCACUGCUGCUAUUCCAGCUUGUUACCGUAAAAGAUAUAAUAGAUAUAGGAGGCGUUUAAAAGAUAGAGGUGUUUAUUCUCGUAAAUUUGACAAGCGCAAAGAAACUAAAAAUAUGCUAAUUGAUACUUCUAGGCCGUCAAGAGAUCCAUAUCGUCCUCAAUCAAAUCUCAGUGUCAGAAUAGUCAGGCAAGAACAGUCAGAACAGAACAGUCAGCCUUCAUUGAAAGCCUAUCCUCAUUUUAAACUUGACAUUGAACAAAAUUGAUGCGGAAACCCUUGAUAAUCAAGCAAGAAACUGAAAAAGUAUAUGAUCGAUUUUGCUCUUGUUUGCUUUUUCCCAGUGUUCUUGACUGACUGUCAUAGGGUCGGGGGGCGUAUAAAUUUCAGCAUUCAACCAAAACUCUCUGUAAAUCUUAGCAAAGAAGGCAAACGCGUUACUGUAAGGUUUUGCCUCUGCUACAAUAAGAACACACACGCCAUGCAAGCCGAACGAAGCACGGAAUUGCGAUGAAACGGGGUGGCCUCAGGCUUUCUCUUUGGAAAAACAUGUAUUUUUUUUUUUCAAUAAAAGAGCUCCGACUGGCUGCGUGUCUAACCGGACGGCGUAAGUUGCAUUAAGUAAUUCACCAUGGUACGUGCAGGGAUAUCUUUCCCUGUAGACGCGGGAUGUCAUAUAUCGAAAUGUGACCGCUAAGAGUACAUGCUCCAAACUAAUCCCGACUGUUCCCUCACAAAAAAAAUGUUUACUAUAAUCGGUAGCUUCUCCGAUUUCUGUUUGGGGCUCAUUCUCUUUAGUAACUUUCAAAACAAAGUAAAGCACUGAGCGGAAGUAAAAACAACGUGGUGAGAAUUUCUACCUAAUUACCGCACUUGUGACCAUCAAGUACACUGUUGUUUAAUUUAUAAAGUUGAACAGGUCAGACCUUCACGCUACAAACUCUGAUUGUAAAGUUACAGACCGCAUUAUGACACCAUUGUACAAAGCUACUUCUCGGGCCAGGGCACUUGGAAGAAGAUUAUUCAAUCACAACGCCUUUUUGAAAACAAAAGAUUCUCAAUAAAAUUCAAGGUUCAACUAUGCAACCGUUGAAAACUUUGAAACCGUUUAAACGUACGUGACCUCUCAGGAAACAGCCCUCAAAUUUACGAAUUUUAUUGGUCCGUUUGGUUUCUCCUUGCCAUGGGGAACAUCAAGAUUCAUGGGAAACAAAAACUGUCGCCCUUUUUCAUUUUUUAUCUAGAAAAAUCACAUCUUCACAUCAUGUUACGAGUACUGGACAAAAAAAUCUGAGUCUGUAAAGGGAUGCAAAUUCAUGGCCUCAAGUACAUUUUUUUUAUCCUGAAAUUCAUUGCGUCUCAGUAAAACGCAAACGUCCGCGGCCCAAUCGUCAGUUAAUCUGACAAUGCAAAGAAUCGAUAGAUUAAACUUAGCAUGAGCUAAGGCUAAUGACAGGGCCUACUUUAUCUGAAAUAUUUAUUGAUAUGCCAUUCAGUUUCUAAGUUUUUGUAGAAUCUAUUUUUUCACUAAAGAAUUUAAAGACUACUUACCCUUGCAACGUUUUAAACCACCUUUAGCUGAAUUUGAAAGACAAUAAGAAACUGCCUAAAAGGUGUCUCACAGCAUAGUGGGGCGGAUAAACAAUAUUUUAUUAAGCAAUGUAGUGUAACAUUGACGUGUAAUUUCCUUGCAUUGUACGUAAUUUGUUUUACAGAAAAUUGACACGAAGGGGACAUACAAAGCUGGAAUUGACAACUUUGAUGACAGAUCGAGAGAGGGAAAGGAGUAUGACACAGUUGGUCUUCCCCAUAGCCAUAUGGGAGGUUUUGAUACAGCAAUAGGCAACCUUGAACGUUGUCUAAGAAUUGCCAAAGAACUAGGCGACAGAUUGGCAGAGGGAGUGGUGUAUGACAGUCUUGGCAGCAUCUAUCUCAAUCUGGGAGAUUUAAAAUCAGCAAUAGACAACUAUGAACGUUAUCUAAAAAUUGCGAAAGAACUGGGUGACAGAUCGAGAGAAGCAAAGGCCUAUGGCAAUCUUGGCAUCGCCCAUCGCAAGCUGGGAGGUUUUAAAACAGCCAUUGACUGCCAUGAAUGUCGCCUUAAGAUUUCAAAAGAACUGGGUGACAGAUGGGAAGAAGGAGCAGCGUAUUGCAGUCUUGGUAACGCGCAUCGCAAUCUGGGAGAUGUAAAAACAGCCAUAGACUUCUAUGAAAGUUUCCUAAAAAUGACGAAAACACUGGGCGACAGAUCGGGAGAAGGAGCAGCUUAUAACAAUCUUGGAUACGCCUAUGUAAAUUUAGGAGACUAUAAGACAGCCAUUCACUACUAUGAACGUCGCCUUCAAAGAACGAGAGAGUUGGGUGACAAAAAAGGAGAAGAAGCAGCAUAUAACAAUCUUGGAAGCGCCCAUCGCAAACUAAAAGAUUUUAAAACUGCCAUAGACUAUUAUGAUCGUUGCUUGAAAAUGACUAAAACAUUGGGUGACAGAUCGGGAGAAGGAGCUGCGUAUAGCAAUCUUGGAAACGCUCAUGAACGUUUAGGAGAUUUUAAGACAGCUAUACACUAUUAUGAAUGUCACCUUAAGAUUGCAAAGGAAUUGGGUGACAGAUCAGCAGAAGGAGCAUCAUGUGGGAAUAUUGGAGGCGCCCACCACAGUCUAGGAAAUUUUAAAACAGCCUUAGACUACCAUGAACGUGAACUGAAAAUUGCACAAGAGCUAGGGGACAGAUCGGGAGAAGGAGCAGCUUAUGGCAAUCUUGGCGUCUCUCAUUGCACGUUGGGAGAUAUUAAGACAGCCAUGAAGUACCACGAAUGCCAUCUGAAAAUCGCGAAAGAACAAGGUAACAGAUCAGGGGAAGGAAAGGCUUAUUGCAACCUCGGCAAUACCCAUCGCAGUCUGGGAGAUUUUAAAACAGCUAUCGGCUACCUUGAAAGGCAUCUGAACAUUGAGAAAGAACUGGGUGACAGAUCAGGAGAAGGAAUUGCGUAUAGCAAUCUUGGAUGCGCCCAUCAAAGUCAAGGAGAUUUUAAAACAGCCGUGGCUUACCAUGAACGUCGCCUGGAAAUUGCAAAGGAAUUAGGUGACAGAUCAGGGGAAGGCGCAGCCUAUGCCAAUCUUGGUAUCUCAUAUCACAGUCUGGGAGAUUUCAAGACAGCCAUAGACUAUCAAGAACGUCAUCUUAAAAUCACAAAAGAACUGGGUGAGAGAUCAGGAGAAGGAAAGGCUUAUGGAAACCUUGGCAGUGCCCAUCUCAGUCUGGGAGAUUUUGAAACAGCCAUAAAAUACAUUGAACGUCAUCUAGAAGUUGCAAAAGAACUAGGUGACAAAACGGAAGUAGAAAAUGCGUAUAGUAACCUUGGAAUCGCCUAUGACCAUCUAGGAGAUCUAAAAACAGCCAUAGAUUGCCAUGAACGUUGCCUGAAAAUUGCAAAAGAACUGGGUAAUAAAUGGGGAGAAGGAAAGGCGUACGGCCAACUUGGCAGCUCGUAUCUUGGUCUCGGAGAUUUUAUAACAGCCAUAGAGUAUAAUGAAUGGCAUCUGAAAAUUUCGAAAGAAUUGGGCGACAGAUUGGGAGAAGGAUUGGCGUAUGGUAAUCUUGGCGUCGCCUAUAGAAGUAUGGGAGACCCAACUUUAGCUAUAGACUACCAAACACGUUGCCUGAAAAUUGCACAGGAAUUGGGUGACACGUUAAACGAGGGAAAAGCGUGUUCAGAUCUUGGUAAAUCCUUUGAAUCACUAGGCCAAGUUCCAAAGGCUAUUGACUAUUACCAGCAAGGUAUUUUGUUGUUUAAUAAUAUCAGAGACCGUCUUGAAUUGAAAGACGACUGGAAAAUAAGCUUACGUGAUCAAUACCAGACAACAUACACUGCACUUUGGCGUUUGUUGUUGGCAGAAGGCAACGUUAAGGGAGCUCUGUUUUCUGCCGAGCAAGGACGUGCACAAGGUUUGAAAGAUCUUAUUGAACUUAAGUAUGCCUUCGAAAGGAGUGGUGCGGGAUCAGGUACAGAAAACAGAACAGUCGAUGAACUGCUUAGGUACCUUCCUCCAAAUACGAUAUUUACAGCUUUUGGAGAGAAAGAGUUAGUCUUUUGGGUCUGCCAGAGAGGGAAGGAUGUUGAACUAAGAAAGAAGCAAAUCAAUUCGGCCACUAAAGUUGAAACUUUCUUUCAGGCUAUUUCGCAGGCUGUGCUGCAAGAAAUUGGUGCAAGAGGUCCUUUGAGGUGUGAAGAUCGAUCCCUUGAUCUGGCGAGGGAUAAAAGCCUGGAAGUUAAAAGAUCUCCCCAGGAUGACAGACAAACCAAGCACUUGGACUUGCAAAAAAGUGCCUUAAGUACAUUGUAUGAAAUCAUCAUUGAGCCUAUUCAGGAUCUGUUUUUGGGUAGCGAACUCAUUUUCGUUCCUGAAGGUCAACUUUGCUUGGCCCCUUUUGCUGCAUUCGAGGAUUCAAAUUCCAAAUACCUUUGUAAGUCGUUCAGAAUUCGCGUGUCUCCAUCCCUCACUAGCUUGAAGAUGAUUGCGGAUUGUCCAGUAGAUUACCAUCUCAAAUCUGGUGUACUUCUCGUAGGUGAUCCCUGGGUGCAAGAGGUGACAAAUCUAGAGGAGUUGCCAUCUGCCAGAAAGGAAGUAGAGAUGAUUGGAAGAAUGCUUGGCACAAUUCCUCUGACUGGAAGACAAGCCACAAAGUAUGAGGUGUUGGGACGACUUGGUUCGGUUGCUUUGGUGCAUAUCGCUGCGCAUGGCAGCAUGGAGGCAGGUGAAAUUGCCUUGGCACCAAAUAAUGGUGAAAUGGAUUUUAUGUUGACCAUGAAAGAUGUACUGAGUGUUCAGAUGCGAGCAAGAUUGGUUGUACUCAGUUGUUGUCAUAGUGCUCGCGGGCAGAUCAAAGCCGAGGGUGUGGUUGGUAUAGCACGGGCAUUUUUGGGUGCUGGUGCUCGUUCUGUUCUGGUGUCUUUGUGGGCGAUUGAUGACGAGGCCACACUGGAGUUCAUGAAAAAUUUCUAUCAGCAGCUUGUAAUAGGGAAAAGUGCCAGUGAAGCCUUGAAUCAAGCAAUGAACUGCAUGAGAGAAUCUGAGGAGUUUAAUGCAGUCAGGUUCUGGGCACCAUUCGUACUCAUUGGUGAUGACGUCACGUUGGAAUUUAGUGAAAGCACCUAG